AGAUGAGGUUAAGAGGAGGGACUGAGAAGAGAGAAGAGGUAACCACCCUUUCCCUUACCUAAACGGACACCCAGCCAACCCUGUCAUUCAACAGCCAGGCCACAAUGCGUAUAGGGUCGACACUCUCCACAGUGGGUGGGUUGAGUCACUCGUGAACUGCUGGUGUCUCUGUGGUUUUUAGCUUCAAAAGGUUCCUCACAUGCAACUCCUGCCUUUACAUGUGAGUAGAGGAGACGCCCUCUGGUUUUUCAUGUGUUGUCAGAGGAUGUUGAAGGUUGAAUGGCGUUGUCUCAAACAGUUUCCAAACCAUCUCCUAUCCACCUGCCCAUCUUCUCUUUCCAUCACUCCUCCCUUCCUCCUCCAUACCUCUAAGAUGAUCCGAGUUCACAACACCCAGUACUCCCUCUUCCUGCGCCAGGCAGAUGUCCUGCGUCGCUCGGGGACACUGUGUGAUGCUGUUAUCUCAGUGGAGAGCCAGGUGUUCAGGGCCCAUCGGCUGGUGCUGGCCUGCGUUAGCAAAACCCUGGAGCAUCAGCUCACCCUGCAGGCUGCAUACUCAAACCAGCACGAUCGCCUCAACCAACCUCACCACUGUAGUCUGGAGCUCCUCUCUCCACACACCUUCCAGCAGGUCCUGGACUUUGCAUACACCGAGACACUGGAGGUCCCUGUGGAUGAUCUGCCCCAGCUUCUGAGGGCAGCCAAGCUCCUGGAGAUGCAUUCUUUGGAGGAGCAGUGUCGCAGCCAGCUGAAGAGAAAUCGGGGGUGCCUGAAGAGAGAGAGAAGAGAGUUGAGAGAAAUAAGAGAAGUGAGAGGAACAAAAGAAACUGGAGAAAUGACAGAAACAAAAGUUCAGAUAACAGAGGAGAGAGAUGAGAAAGAAUCCCUGAAAGGAAGUCCCAUUCCAGAAGAGGGGGAUCCCCAGACAAUUCCCUCCAUUGAUCUGGAGCCCCAGAGCAGCCCAUUCACUGAGGACCCCACUUUUCCUGACACUAGGGAUAACUCCUCUGGUUCAUCACCACCACAGAGAAAAAGGCCAAAGCCACUCACACCCACACUANUGGAGGAGCAGUGUCGCAGCCAGCUGAAGAGAAAUCGGGGGUGCCUGAAGAGAGAGAGAAGAGAGUUGAGAGAAAUAAGAGAAGUGAGAGGAACAAAAGAAACUGGAGAAAUGACAGAAACAAAAGUUCAGAUAACAGAGGAGAGAGAUGAGAAAGAAUCCCUGAAAGGAAGUCCCAUUCCAGAAGAGGGGGAUCCCCAGACAAUUCCCUCCAUUGAUCUGGAGCCCCAGAGCAGCCCAUUCACUGAGGACCCCACUUUUCCUGACACUAGGGAUAACUCCUCUGGUUCAUCACCACCACAGAGAAAAAGGCCAAAGCCACUCACACCCACACUAGUGGCCAGCACACCGCCUCCAUCCAGAGACAGUGUCAUCGCCACCACUGCUGCCACCAUCCAACCCCCUCCCCCUCCUCCCCCAGCGGCGAGGGUCAUGUGGCACCAAGUCAACACCCUGAGGAAGAUGGCCUUGAACUAUAACGACAUCCUAGCAGCCAGUUCCUCUUCCCUUCACCCCUCACAGCACCUGGUGACAUACCCCUUCCACCUCUCCACUCCCCACAUGUACCCCCUGCUAACGUCCUCKKMCCCGCCCCAGGUCCACAGCGCCGUCCUGGGCUACCCGGGRAUCCUGCAUCCAUACCACCACCCRCUGCUCUCUGGGUCUCGGGAGCUGGGGYACAUCCUGAKGCAAGGURUYCUGGGYAAAAGAGACCCGAUGGAUAAAGUGUUGAUAGGUGGAGCACCAGGGGAAGGGCAAAGAUCGUGGCUUCAGGGUGGAACGUCACUGCCGUCCCACCGGCGAGAUCAGGGAGGAGAGAAGCCCUACCAGUGUAAACGCUGCUCCAAGAGGUUCAGCCUCAAACACCAACUGGAUACACACCACCGGGUACACACAGGAGAGAAGCCGUUUGAGUGCCGUCUGUGUGGCCAGCGGUCAAGGGACUACUCAGCCAUGAUCAAGCACCUGCGGACCCACGGCGGGGCCACACCCUACCAGUGUACUGCCUGCCUGGAGUUCUGUAGCAGCCUGGCUGCCAUGCAGAAACACCUGAAGAACCACCCGCUGCAGGACUUCCCCCCAGACUGGACCAUCAGCAGCACUUACCUGUACACAUGCCAUACCUGAGCUAGCUUGAAGGCAAAUGUAAUGUCAACAGAGAAUCAUUUUACUACCAAACAACUACAUCUCAGGGAAACUAACUCAUAGAAUGUACUGUACAUACAUGGUAACAAGAAACCAGUUACCGUAGCAUUUAUCCAUGUACUCCAAAACUGUAUGGAGUACGUCAAUGCAUAUUUCCACCACUAGAAGGACACUGGGUCUCAGAAAAGAAUGUAAAACAUGUCUAGCACCAGCAGCAUUAUCAUUAUCAAGCAAAGUAUUAUUACCAUUCUAUCAUGGCUGCAGCUGAAGAGUCAGUCACUUACAAGAGACAAGGAAAGGAAACAUCAAGACUAUUUAGAGGCAGAAAAAAUGUGUCCUUGUUUCAUAUGAAUGUGUCCAUCUAUGUCUGGCCGUUAUCUCUCUCAAGAAGACUUGGAGCAAUCGUUUUGUGCMCAAAUUCUUGAUUUUCAUUUAUCCAUGUGUGUUUAGUACAUUUAGAUGUUGUUUGAUUCAUAUGUACAGUGCCUUUAGAGUCUGCACCUCCUGGAUUUUUUUCCCAUGUUCUUUUGCGUUUCAAAGUGGGAUAGAAAUAUAUAUUUUUAUAAUUCAUCUACACAAAAUACUCCCUAAUGUCAAAGUGAAAAGAAAAUUCUACACGUUUUUACAAAUGAAUAACAAUUAAAUGACUAA